AUGCAGUGGGAGAUAAGGUUUUCCUUAAAGGGAGAUAAGGUUUUCCUUAAAGUAUCUCCGUGGAAAAAGAUAUUGAGAUUUGAAAGAAAGGGGAAGCUUAGUCCUAGGUUCAUUGGUCAAUAUGAGAUCAUUGAGCGUGUGGAUCCAUUAGCCUAUAGAGUAGCUUUACCACCAGACCUGGAUAGGAUACAUAAUGUUUUCCACGUAUCUAUGUUGAGGAGGUAUCGGUCCGACCCAUUACAUGUAAUAUCAGUGGAAUCUGUGACUAUAAAGCCAGAUUUAACUUAUGAGGAAGAACCAGUAAGGAUACUUGCUAGAGAAAUCAAGGAACUAAGAAAUAAGAGAAUUCUUUUGGUAAAAGUUCUUUGGAGAAACUAUAAGACCGAAGAAGCUACAUGGGAAAGUGAAGAUAUAAUGAGACAACAACAUCCUCAGUUGUUUAAUUCAGGUGAAUUUCGAGGACGAAAUUCUUUGAAAAUUCUUUAA